AUGGUCAAAAUGUUGGUCAUUGGAGAUUCGAAUUGUGGUAAAAGUUCACUUGUUUUGAAAUAUACAGAAGGAAAAUUUGAUGAAGGAUUAGUUUCUACUAUCGGAGUCGAUUUUAAACUAAAGUAUUUGAAAAAAGGAGAUAAAACAAUAGCAAUACAAAUAUGGGAUACUGCUGGACAGGAAAGAUAUAGAACUAUUACAAAUUCAUAUUAUAGAGGAAUACCUGCUGUAAUUGUGGUUUUUGAUUUGACUGAUGAUAGGGCAUUGGCAAAUGUUCAAAAAUGGAUCAAAGAAGUGAAAAAGUUCUCAGCACCCAAUGUUGUUUCCAUUCUAGUUGGAAAUAAGGUAGAUCUCACCGAUAAGAGAGUCAUUUCAGAAAAGAUUGCUCGUGAAUUUGCAAUGGACAAUGAUAUGCAAUAUUUUGAGACGAGUGCCAAACAGGGAUUAAAUUUGGAUUUGAUUUUUGAAACACUUGUUGAUAGAUUGAGAUAG